CGCCCGGCCAGGGCGGCGGCAUGGGGCGGGUGCAGCUCUUCGAGGUCUGCCUGAGCCACGGCCGCGUCGUCUACAGCCCUGGAGAACCGCUGGCGGGGGCCGUGCGCGUGCGUCUGGGGGCGCCGUUGCCCUUCCGAGGGUCGGCUAGAGUCGGGGGCAGGGGUUUAGAUCCUGCCCACCUUGCCGAAGGCCACUCUGACUUGGAUGCAUGCACGCCCCCGACCCUCGCUGCCAGUUCUGCAGGGUCCGCUGGGCCCCGCCCCUGCUGGGCCCUCACCUGGAGCCCGGCCCACGUUGGGCUUUCUCUCCCCACAUGCCCAGGCCCCUGGCGCAGGCCCUCCCUCCUCGCGGUCCCGCGGCAUACCCGCUUCCACCCAGGCUGAGGUUUGGCCUUGUGAGCUGGGAGGGUCUUGCUCAUCCCUCCGUGACCCAGGCGUUCAGCCCAGUGAGCGUCUAGGAGCUGAACCCGAGCCCUGCUAGCCGGUCCUUUGCUCGCACAGGCAUUUGGGACUUUGGGACUGGAAGUUAGCUUGCUGCUGCGGUCAUCCCUAGGGCUCUCUGCAGGUGCUGGCCUUAUCUGCCAUCUGAGCCAUCCGAGUGACCUGCAUGGGUUCCUGCAGGGUGUCCAACAAGGCCAAUGAUGCAGCGUGGGUAGUGGAGGAGGGCUACUUCAACAGUGCGCUGUCGCUGGCUGACAAGGGAAGCCUGCCCGCUGGAGAGCACAACUUCCCCUUUCAGUUCCUGCUUCCUGCCACAGCGCCAACGUCCUUUGAAGGCCCUUUUGGGAAGAUUGUACACCAGGUGCGGGCCACCAUCGACACACCACGUUUUUCCAAGGAUCACCAGUGCAGCCGUGUGUUCUAUAUCUUGAGCCCCCUGAAUCUGAACAGCAUCCCUGACAUCGAGCAACCCAACGUGGCCUCCACCACCAAGAAGUUCUCCUACAAGCUGGUGAAGACGGGCAGCGUGGUCCUCACCGCCAGCACCGACCUCCGUGGCUACGUGGUGGGCCAGGUGCUGCGGCUGCAGGCUGACAUCGAGAACCAGUCAGGCAAGGACACCAGCCCUGUGGUAGCCAGUCUGCUGCAGAAAGUAUCCUACAAGGCCAAGCGCUGGAUCUAUGAUGUGCGGACCAUCGCAGAGGUAGAGGGUGCGGGUGUCAAGGCCUGGAGGCGGGCGCAGUGGCAAGAGCAGAUCCUGGUGCCUGCCCUGCCCCAGUCAGCCCUGCCAGGUUGCAGCCUUAUCCACGUGGACUACUACUUGCAGGUCUCCCUGAAGGUGCCUGAAGCCACCGUGACCCUUCCUGUCUUCAUCGGCAAUAUUGCUGUGAACCACGCCCCGCUGAGCCCCCGGCCAGGCCCAGGGCUGCCUCCUGGGGCCUCAAUCCCGGUGGUGCCCUCCGCACCGCCCCAGGAGGAGGCGGAGGCUGCGGCCAGCAGCCCCCACUUUGCAGACGCAGUCUCCCUCUCCACGAAGAGCCACUCACAACAGCAGUCACUACCUGCCACCUUCGGCUCUGUGCCUGCUGCCCCUGAGCCCCGCCCUCAGGAUGGCAGCCCUGCUCCCCACCCACUGCCCCCUCCCUUGUGCAUCUCUACAGGUGCCACUGUUCCCUACUUUGCAGAGGGUUCAGGAGGGCCAGUGCCCACCACCAGUACCUUGAUCCUGCCCCCAGAAUACAGCUCAUGGGGUUAUCCCUAUGAGGCCCCGCCAUCCUAUGAGCAGAGCUGUGGCGGUGCAGAUCCCAGCCUGACGCCCGGGAGCUGACCCUGUGCCGCCUUUUCCGGGUGGGCUGACCUCUGCCCUGGGACCGGGCGCCCAGGGCCUCGUGCCUUUGCUCCUGGCCUGGCCCGUCGCACUCAGGACCUGCUGCUGCCCGGCCGUUCCUCGCAGCCUCCGCUUCGGGAUCAGCCUCUCCCCGGGGACUGGGGCCUAGAGAGAUGGAGUGUAAAUAAAGCGCUUCAUUUGUA